AUGAGUGAUUUAGACAGAGCUAUCGCGCAACUGCGCCAAUGCCGCCCCAUCCCCGAACCACAGGUUCGCGAGCUUUGCUACAAGGCGCGUGAAUUACUCAUUGAAGAGGGCAAUGUGGUCACCGUUGACGCCCCGGUUACCAUUUGCGGAGACAUACACGGCCAAUUUCAUGACUUGAUGGAGCUGUUCCGCGUUGGAGGAGACGUGCCCGAUACCAACUACCUGUUCAUGGGCGAUUUUGUCGAUCGCGGAUUUUACUCACUCGAAUCAUUCCUUUUGCUAUUAUGCCUAAAAGUGCGAUAUCCAGAUAGGAUAACCUUGAUACGAGGCAAUCACGAAUCAAGGCAGAUCACGACAGUUUACGGGUUCUACGAUGAAUGUAUUCGAAAAUAUGGCAAUGCGAACGUUUGGCGUUAUUGUUGUGAAGUAUUUGAUUAUUUAGCUUUGGGCGCUUUGGUUUUGGGAGCGAGUUCUGAAUUGGAGCCCACUGGAGGCUCAGCGUCGAUGGUUCAAGAUUCCAUGGCCGCCUCACAGUCGAUAACCGGAUCCACGGCUGGAGAAGACGAUAUACUCGAGACAGAAGUAUUAAACUCCAAAGGAGAAGUGACCUACGCGACAUACCGCCGGAGGGACCGCGGGUCGCAAGAAUUAGCGAAUGACAUUCGAGACGUUUCGCCGCCUAGAGACAUAUCCUCAGCACCAGCCACUACGCCGUCAAGAUCGGGGCCAGCAGGAACCGGCGCGACUUCAGACAGCCUCGGGAGCCUGUCGAGCAAUACGGGCGCCGUGCUUUGCGUUCACGGUGGACUCUCCCCGCUCGUCGACAGCGUCGACAAAAUCCGGCUCAUCGAUCGAAAGCAAGAAGUCCCUCACGAGGGCGCCAUGUGCGACCUACUCUGGUCCGACCCCGACGAGAUUGAAGGCUGGGGUUUAAGCCCCAGGGGCGCAGGGUUCCUCUUCGGUGCCGACAUCGUGAAACAUUUCAGCCGCAAGAACGACCUCUCCCUGAUCGCCCGUGCUCAUCAGCUUGUCAUGGAAGGCUUCAAAGAGAUGUUCGACGGUGGAAUCGUGACGGUCUGGUCAGCCCCGAACUACUGUUAUCGAUGCGGGAAUGUCGCGGCGAUACUGGAGCUGGGUGAGGACGCAAGCAACGGAGGCACAAUCUCGAGAAGCAACGGUGACUAUGGCCGGAGCCUCGGGGGCAUGCGAGGUGCGCAUGGAGAGAGGCGAAAUAUGGUUGGACCAGGCAGAAGAUAUCGUGUAUUUGACGCUGCGCCCCAAGAUACGAGAGGCAUGCCGGCGAAGAAACCCGUUGCAGAUUACUUCUUGGUGAGUCCGUUUCAAUGA